AGUGUGCCUGGGUUCGUGCUGUCGCUGUCAUGGCUUAAUAGUGUGACUGCUGGCCAUACAAAGAAGGUUGUUACUAAUGCCAUUAUGCUCUCGGCAUACUGUAUUGGCAACUCGGCUGGCCCCUUCAUGUGGAAGACGCAAUACAAGCCGCGUAACCACAUCCCAUGGGCUGUGAUUGGCGCAUGUUACGUCGCCUGCCCUGUACUUCUCCUUGUCAUCCGUGCUGUUCUCGUCCGAGAGAACAAAAUCCGUGACGCUGAGCCUGUUGACGAUGAAGAAGAAUACGUGAUCGAGAAAAUCACUGAGGAUGGAAAGCGUGUGGAAGUCAAGGUCGACAAGGCAUUUCUGGAUUUGACGGAUAGACAAAAUAGAGACUUCAGAUACGUUUUGUAA